AUAAAGGCGUAUUUACAACAACAAAAUAAUAAUAAAAACAACUGUCAAAGUACUUUAUCUAUACUACUGUACUUUUAAUAUUGUUUAAUAUUUAAUUGUCGAUGAUUACUAAAAAAUAUAAAAAUAAUUAAUGAUGGUUUCAACGCGUGGUAAAUACUUUAAAUUUUGUGAUGGUGAAAAAGUACUGUGCUAUGAGCCAGAUCCAACAAAAGCAAAAGUGCUUUAUGAUUCAAAGGUUUUAGAUGUUAUUGUAAAUAAAGAUCAGAGAGGAAGAAAAGCAGUAGAGUAUUUGAUACAUUUUCAGGGAUGGAAUUCAUCUUGGGAUCGUUGUGUUACAGAGGAAUAUGUACUCAAGGAUACCGAAGAAAACAGACAAUUACAACGAGAUCUUGCACAAAAAGCACAAUUACAAUUAGGAGCAUAUUUAUAUCGUCGAGAAAGAAAAAAUCGAAAUCACAAACUGUCUGAUAGAUUAUCAGGUACAGGAAUUGAAUCUCGUCGACGUGCUAGAAGUGGAGGUAGUCGUGCAACAUCUGGAACAACUGGUUCAUCUGAAGAUGGUAGUUCUGGACAACAAGAUGACUAUGACACUGAGGAAAUUAUUACAGAAGAAGAUUAUGAAAGUAGCUCAGAUUUUGGAGAGGAAUCAAGUGGUGAAGAAAAAGAAGAUGAAGAUGAUGAAGAAGAAGAAGAAGAAGAAUUAGAGGAAGACAGUCGUGGUAUUGGUGGUGAUGAUGAUAAUGAUAAUGAUGAAGAUGGUAAUGGUAAUGGUAAUAGUAAUGGUGAUCGUGAUCGUGAUGGUGAUGGUGAUAGUCAUCAAUCUGGUUGUAGUAUUAAACCUGGUAUUGAUCUUGAUGUUGGUAAUACAUUGCGAAGAAUAUUAGAACAAGAUUAUGAAUUAAUAAAUCAUAAACACAAAUUGGCUGUUUUACCAGCUCAACCAACAGUCAAUAGUAUUCUUGAAUCUUGGGUACAACAUUUUACAACAAGCCAAUUAACAAGUAUAUAUGAAAAACCACAAAGAAAUAAUAAUAAUAAUAAUAAUAAUAAUAAUAAUAAUAAUAAUAAUAAUAAUAGCAAUAAAAUAAAUAAUACAAUUGAAAAAACAGUUAAUGAUGUUAAUAUUUGUCGUGAAGUUGCUGAUGGUUUACGAAUAUAUUUUGAUUUUACAUUACCAGAUUUUUUAUUAUACAGACAAGAAAGAGAACAAUAUAAUGCAUUUAAUUCAUCAUUUUUAUAUCCAGAACAUCCAAUAUUAGUUAAAGAAGAAAUAAUUGAACCACAUGAUACUCCAAUAAAAGAAGAAUUUGAAGAUGUAGAAUAUGCACAUUUACCACCAUUUAGAGAACAUGAUACAACUGAAAUUGAAACAGUUGCAAUUAAUAAAACAACAUCAUCAUCAUUAAUAAUAACAACAACAACAACACCACCAACAAUAUCACCACAAGUAACAACAACAACAACAACAGCAUCAUCAUCAUCAACAACAACAACAACAUCAACAAAAAGAAAGCUAAGAUCAUGUAGAAAUAGUUCAGUUGAGGAUGUUAAACCAGAACCUGGUAAUGCAAGUAUUGCAAGUACAAGUUCAAGAUGUUCAAGUCCAAGAGGAGGAGUAGGAGGAACAGGAACAACAACAACAACAACAUCAUCAUCAUCAUCAUCAAGAUAUCCAAUUGUACCACCAGCACAAAUAAGUGCUCUAUUACAAGAAUCAAAUAAAUGGCGACUUAUACCUGAUUCAACAAAAACAGAUGGAUCAUCAUCAUCAUAUCCAUCAUCAUAUUUUGGUGCUGUACAUUUAACACGUUUAUUUGUUAAAUUACCAGAUUUAUUACAAGCAACUGAUAUGCCUAAUAAAAAGCUAAAACUUUUAUUAAAACAUUUGGAUAUGUUUUUAAGUUACUUGGAAAUGCAUCGAGAAUGGUUUGGUGAACAAUUUUAUACACAAACUGAAAUUAAUCAAUAAAAAAUGACAAAGUCAAAAUAAUUCCAGUUAGAUUAAUAU